AUGAAAUCGAUUAAGGACCUGGUCUUUUGGUACAACAACCUCGACGUGGCCCCUUUCAUAAAGGCCAUCAAGGCACAGUGCCAGCUUUUCAAGCGUUUUAACCUCGAUAUGUUUACGGAUGGUGUAUCUCUCCCCGGACUUUCAGAGAAGAUUAUGUAUCAGACGUGCUUCAAGAACCUACGGUACCCAAAUAAGGUGCCUGCAAUAGUGUUCAGCUUUCCAAUUAAGCGUAUGAUCGGCUACAAGAGCCAGGAUGCCGAAGCUAAGCGUAAAUUCAAUAUGAGUCUAAAGCAUCUUAACAAGCUACUACAUCGCAAAAAUACCUUUGUGGACUGUGCUACAAGAAGUUGA